UUUUCUUUCUUUUUUUCGACAGAAGGAGGGGUGUUGUGGGGAAAUGCUCGGCGGACCGUGAAGCGUAACAGCAAGGAGAGGGACAAAGACGCACAUAGCGGGACGAACUGCGACAGAUAGAAACCUCUUCCAACUUGAGGGGGAAAAAACAAAAACACCGGAAUGCGUGGAUGGAUGUUAAAAGUGGUAGAGCUGGGAAGAGGAGUCGAAACCAACAAUGGCAAGAAAGAUGAGUUCAAGUGUACAAACUGAGCUGGGGACAAUAACUGUGGUUAACUCUGGAUAGCCCUGCGGCGCGUUUCAAUGUCCACCUCGGAUCUGCAGCGGCGGCGUGGAGCACACACAGGCUGCACUUUGGAGUACGAGUCCCAACUUUUUGGACGGACGUGCUUCCCGGAAUGAAUGUUACUGCGCUGUUUCUCUGUCUUGCAGCCACGCGUGGUGAAUUUCCUGAGUCAGAUCCUGUUGCGAGGAUCACCGCAGGAGGAGGAGGAGGAGGAGAACUUAACUUACGUGCAAGUUCGUGGAUCAUUUACAAAGUGUAUUUCCCAUGUAUGGAAUUCUUGUGAACUUCAGUCGGAGAGAUUCAAUGUGUAAAUCGUCCUGAUCCUAAUGUGCUGGUGGAGAAAGUUCACGCCACCGAACUAGAACUCCAUCCAAGCAUGAAAUGUUGGUGCAGCGCCCUGGCACUUCUCCCAUGGGUGCUGGUGGCCUUAGAUGCCCAGCUAAUCUGCUGGCAGGCGCUCCUUCGGUGCCACGACGAGCCCGAGUGCGAGCUUGCGUACAGUCAAUACCUAGCAGCUUGUGAGGGCAACAUCCGGGGGACGAGGAGGCAGUGUCCGAGCCACUGCAUCAAUGCGCUGAUACGGCUCAACCACACCCGCAGCGGGCCAGACCUGGAGACCUGCGACUGCGCCCAGGACCUUGAGUGCCUCAGCGCCAAGCGAGCCGUAGAGCCCUGUCUCCCCCGCAGACACCCGAGCGACGCCGGCGGGAUAGGGUGCAUGGAGGCCCGGCAGCGCUGCGAGGAGGACAGCAACUGCCACACCUCCCUCACGGCCUACUUGUCAUACUGCGGGCAGCUGUUCAACGGCAGGAAGUGCUCCUCCAAGUGCAAAGCCACCAUUCAGCAGAUGCUGUUCAUCCCAAACGGCGUGCUGCUGAACCGCUGUGUUUGCGAUGGGGUAGAGAGGCCUUUCUGUGAAGUGGUCAAGGAGAACAUGAGCAAACUUUGCUCCAUAGGAGACCACACUGUUAUUUCAGACCAGCCUGAUGUGGAUGACAUGUAUGAGGAUGAAGACUAUGACCCUAAAAAUGACAGAGAGGAGGUGUAUACUGAUUCCUCUGCUUCCCAGAGGUUGGCCAGCUGCACGACGCUCCUGUUUCUUCCUCUGGCACGGAUAUUGUACUGAGAUGAUUGAAAUAUUGUUGGAUUUGAGACAGUGUGAAAAAAUAAAGUCCAGCUGGAGUUGGUAUGGGAACCCAGGUCUGCUGGAGAAGGGAAGCUAUGUAUUUCUUCACCCCCAGGCCUCUCUGCCAUCCUAUUUUAGUUGCAGGGCGACAGUGAGUGAGCACAGUAGUCAUUUGUGUAGGCUUUCCACAACCGUACAAUUUACAUAGUACUGAUUCUUCCUGCACAUCUCACUCAGGAAAACUGCUUCUUUUAAAAACAAUAUUUGUGAUUCACAUCGUCACACAUGGCCUUACAGUAGUCUGAGUGAACUGCUCACUUGUUGCUAAGUUGAAGGUCUCAAACCUGUUGUAACAAACAUACUUUGAGGUGAUGUGAGAGGAAGUGAACCAUGCCACACUUUGUUGCAGGGCAUUGCCAUUCUGUGUGCCUUUAACCAGCUCCUGUUUGUUUGGUUUCAAUGGUACUUUGGAGUGUGGCUUUAUUAAGACUUUAGACAAACAUUGGACCCAUCCAGUCUCUGUUUGCUCUGCUCUCCAUUUCAGGGGCCUCCGCAUUGUUGCAGCAACCACACUUCAAAUAUUUGUGGGAACAGUCAAAAGGACAGGCAAGGGUGUGGGAUCAAGUACUGAAAUUAACUGAAGGCCCCUCUCCAGCACUCUGUCUGGCGCCCCUCCCCCAUGUGAGAUUGUUUUAUUGAACUUUUCCUGAGACAAACACCCCCCCCAUCCACCCCUUCUUCCUCCUCUCUACUGCCUGCCCCCUUUCACGCCUUUAAAAAGACCCCCUGUCUUUAUUACUGCUUUCACACUGAAGCAACAAGCCAUUUUCCUGGCUGUCUGUUGCUGGUGCGAAUAGAUCAACAAGAUCAUACCCAGAGUUUGUCCACAGCGCUGCUCAUGAUAAGGAGUUUACCUGCUUGGCUUUGUUAUGUGUGGCUGAAUCACAUUCAAGGUUUUAAACAUAAUUAGAACAGAAGCUGUUGCAGUGCGUUUUCAUGACCUGAGAAAGAACAUUUUAUGGACAUUAACAACUGACUGACCAAACACCGGGUCAUGCCCCGCCUUAAUGAAUCAGAAACACUGCAGCAGCAACACGGUAAUCAGUGAACAUACAGGUGUCACAACAGUGUGUGAACAGGAACAACAGCGUAUUCACUCGAAGGCAGCAGGCUGGUAUGAAUGGUCCAACAUGGGUGAAUGUAUGUUAAUUAUUUUUGUGUCACACAGAGUUUGUUAAAGGAGCAUGAGACUGUAGGCUACAUGUAGGAAAACCAAGUUCAGUUCUCAAACUCCCAGUAAGGUAAUGCUCAGAAUAUGUACUUUGAAGGGUUUUAUUUUGUUUUGAAACUGAGGAUUUCAUAUUUGCAGUUGCACACAUUUAUUGAAGGAGAUAACAGGGCUAAUGUUACCUGUUUGAGGGUCCACACAGAUCCAGUCCAGGGACUCAAACCAGCGGUCUUUCUUCCACUGCUCCACAUUAAGCUGUUUAGCAAAAAAAAAAAAAAAGGGAAAGUAAAAACAUUGUUUUUGUUAGUAUUGCUCUCUUGUAACGAAGCUGCCAAUCUGUGUCUUCGCCACUUGAAAUUGUGUCAAAACUAAUCUUUUUGUUUUGUUAUGAAGUCUUGAAAAAUGUUGAUAAAUGUUAAAUUAUGAAGCUAGAAUAUGAAAAAUGUGUAUAUAUUUUACAAUUAUAUGCAGUAAAAUAAGCCGGUGCCUGCGGUCACUUGCAUUUAAUACACUAUAAACACAUAAACGUAGCUCAGAUUUUGUCCACAAAACCUGACGUGAUUUAGUAUUCAUCUCAUCUUGUGGGGAGCAAACACUUCAGAGCAGUGUCUUCCAUGUGGGAGGGUGAGUUUUAUAAUAAAAUGUUUUAUGAGCUAAAAGGUGUGUAAUGAUGUGAUUUGUGUACAGAGAGAUUUAAAAAGGAAGUAAUGUGAUCAAGAAAGAAAUAAAUCUCAAAAGCCCAA